AUGCAAUUAUCAAAUUUUACUGAUUAUGGUAUUCGUGUGCUUAUUUAUUUGGCUAAUAUAGAACAAGGCACUUUAAGUAAUAUCACAACCGUGAGCCAGCACUAUCAAAUAUCACGCAACCAUCUAGUCAAAAUUGUUCACCGUUUAGGGCAACUUGGUUAUAUUGAUACCGUUCAAGGCAAAAAUGGCGGGAUCCGCUUAAAAUUAUUACCCAAACAUAUCAAUAUCGGUAAGGUAAUUCGUGAACUUGAACCGCUUGAAUUACUUAACUGCUCACCUGAUGCGUGUAUUAUCAGCCCAGCUUGUCGACUAAAAGGCUAUUUAGUCAAAGCUAAAGAGGCAUUUUUACAAGAGCUAGAAAACUAUACUUUAUUUGAUUUAGUCAAUGACAAUCCGCCGUUACGAAAUCUAUUAGAAUGA